UGAAUUGUGUGCCACUACGGUUAGUGAGCUUGACUCUCAAAAUUGCCAUAGUUCCAUGAUAGUGUACCCAUUUCUUACAGGUGGUUUUGAAUUACUUUCUGAAUUAAACUGAAAGUUUCACUUUCCAGAUCUCAUCCCAUUGUUGCUGAUGCCCCUGAGAUUACUAACUUCCAUUUUACAGAUUUCUAUAGCUGCCAUACUUAUGAUAUAAAUUUAUUUAAUUACCAUAUUACCUAUAGUAAUCUAAAUCAAUUUGAAAUCAUGACGAGGGGCUCAACUAGAUAUUCCCUUGCUUCAGUUGAUGAUCCUACUUCAUAUAGCUAUUCAAAAGAAAAAAGGAAAUGUGGCAGGAAUGUCAUUUACUCCAUUUGUGUAAUCAUUUCUAUUAUCCUGAUAGUUAUUGCUGCAUUACUUGUAGCAGCUUUAAUUAGGGCCCUCAUGUUGGAGGUUCCUUCUUAUGUACAUCCUUCAACAAUGGAACAAAUCAUGCAGCUUCCCAACAUGAGCAGCAGCACAUUCCUUAAUUUGCCCUCUAUCCUUGGUAUGGCAUUAACAUUUCCAACCAUCACUAACUCCUCUGGAUCUUAUGAUCCAGUUGUCUUCCGUGGCUUCAGAGAAUUCCUUGUGCACAGUUUUCCCAAUGUUUUUUCAUCCAGCAAUGUUGAAGUGCAUGACAGCUUUCCAAGCUUCCUGCUAACAGUGCAGGGCAGUGGGGAGAAUGCAACAGCCAACAGCUUUCUCCUGCUGGGUCAUAUGGAUGUGGUUCCUGUUGAUGCUUCUGCUUGGGAUGAUGACCCUUUCUCAGGCAAAUGGCUUGACAAGGAAACGGAAGGAGGAGGCUUUGUUUAUGGCCGAGGUGCCAUAGAUGACAAGCUCAGUGUUGUUGCCAUUCUGUGUGCUCUGGAUGAGCUAAUUGCAUCUGGCUGGUCACCAAACAGCACUUUCUACAUAGCUUUUGGGCAUGAUGAAGAGGUAGGUGGAGAAUAUGGUGCCCGGAGGCUGGCAAACUUUCUGGAAUCAAAGGGCGUCAAAGAUUUGUUGUUUAUUCUUGAUGAAGGGAUGCCCAUCCUUGAAGGAGCCAUUGCUGGCUUAGAGGUUCCAGUAGCCAUCAUCGGAGUAACAGAGAAAGGUUGGAUGGAUAUUCGAGUGGAGGCCACAGGAGUUGCUGGACACUCCUCUAUACCUCCCCUGUCACAGGCCACUCACGCCCUAGCCACUGCCAUACACAACCUACACUCCUCCCCUCAUCCUGUGUUUCUUAAUGACGGGCCUGAGGAGCAUCUGCUUCUUGCUGUUGCGCCAAAGAGCUCGUGGCCACAGCGUCUGGCCCUAAGCAACCCGUGGCUCUUCAGAAACAUGAUCAGCGCCGUGUUCUCUCGCAAGCGUGAGACUGACGCCAUGCAGCGCACAACCACCGCCACCACCAUCAUCAGUGGGGGUGUUAAGGACAACGUGGUACCUGGAACAGCCUGGGCUCUUGUCAACCACCGCGUCCAUCCCUCCGAGUCUCUUGAGGAGGUCGUCAGGCACGACAUCAGCGCCAUCAAUGAUGACAACAUCAAUGUGACAGUGUUGGACUCCCGAGCGCCGCACCCAAUCUCCCCGUACGGCGCCUCGUCGCCUGCCUUCUCUCUGCUCGCCAGCGUCGCCCUCAGAGUUUGUCCUGAGGCUGUGCCGGCUCCUGGAGUUCUCGUGGCCAACACGGACACGCGUCACUACCUGCAGUUCUCGCGCUCCGUGUACCGCGCGAUGCCGUACCUGCUGACGCCCCAGGAUCUCGCCGGCAUCCACGGCAACAACGAGCGCAUCUCUGCGGCGAACGUCUGGCGAGCUGCUCAGUACUACCACACCCUCAUCAUGGCCGCCGACCUGGGGCUCGCUAACUCCCACUAUAGUCAAGCUGGUCGCGGUGGACGAGAAUUGUGAUGUGUCCGAGACGGUGGAGGAAAACUGUGAUGUGAUGUUGCUGUAAAUGUGGGAGAGGAGUAUUGUAAAAUGAGAUAGUAUCACUGUAGGGUGGAUGAAGAUUGCUAAGUGACUAUGUCGCUGUGGAGGUUCUCAACUGUGAGAAACUCUUGUUCCUGAUAAUUAUAUCUUCCAGUUAAACUGACGAUGCCAUGUAUGUCGCCACGAUACCAGUGACAAUAAUUUAUUUAUUUACCUCUAAUGUCAGCGAAUAAUUUAUUCUGUCAUUCAUCAAGAUUUGAAAAUUCAAGGUUUGAUUUUAUUUAUGCUUUUUGUCGGCAUCUGUAUUAACCUAACUGUAAUAAGAUUAAUUCAUCA